AUGGACGGAAAUGGUAGUAUGAAUUUGAGGAAUUGGGGGUUUCUUGAGAGGGCAACCACUACACUCAAGAGCCAUUUGGGCCUCCAGUUAAUGUCAUCAAUGGCUGAAAAGCCCCUUUUCGGUGGUGAUGUUCAUGACCACCACGAUGUCAUCCCAUCGGGUGUUAUGGCUUCAAUCAAUGGCGGGCCAUUCCACCAUCAUCGUGUUGGUGGGAUUUCUGAGUCCCACAUUCCCAUUGACUAUACGAGGGAUAAUUGGAUGAAUCACGGCAGAGAAAAGUAUGUUGACAGCUUGCCCGGGAACCAACACCAUGGCUAUUAUCAACUGAAUUAUGGGCUUUUACCCAUGGCUUCGUCAACUCAUUCCAUCCAAAUGUCCCAGCAAAUUAAUAUAGAUAAAAAUGAAAAUUUCAUACCUCAGAUGGAAGAGGUAAGCAAGGAGGGAGAGAAUGGUGGCAAUGGUGGUGCUCUUAAUAAGAAGAGAGGAGGUGGAAAAGUGCCAAAGUCUCUUACCAAGGAGAAAAAACCUAAGAUUAGGGCACCUAGGGCUCCUAGAGAAGUGUCUAGCCCUUCGGUUCAACGGGCACGGGCUCCCAAGAAACGGGCUGAAGUCGUGAUCAAUGGAAUCAAUAUGGAUAUUUCAGGGAUCCCUAUUCCAGUUUGCUCGUGCACUGGGACUCCACAGCAGUGUUAUAGGUGGGGCUCAGGUGGGUGGCAAUCUGCAUGCUGUACUACUGGAAUGUCUGUGUAUCCCUUGCCUAUGAGUACUAAGCGACGUGGUGCGAGGAUAGCAGGGCGUAAGAUGAGUAUUGGAGCGUUUAAGAAGGUCUUGGAGAAACUUUCUUCAGAAGGUUAUAAUUUCUCUAACCCGAUCAAUCUGAAAAGUUACUGGGCAAAACAUGGUACAAAUAAGUUUGUGACAAUUCGGUAA